CUUUUGAUAAAGCUGACAACCCUGAAAGCAACCCAAAAGAAACAAAAAAAAGAAAAAUUAUAUCCGUUUUGAUCACAAUUCACACAGCACAGCCCCGUUAUAGAAUUUGUCUUAAAAAUGCAAAGGGGUUUGAGAAUUUUCAGUUUUGUUUAUAUGCUUGAAAAAUGGGGGUCUUGUGUUUUUUUAGUAAAGAUUUGAAGAGAGAUUCAUUUCCAAUUCCAGGGACAAACAUUCUGGAAUAAACCCAUGUUGUGUUAUGAACACAAGAAGACAUUAUUCUAUACAAAAACAUUCCACAAUGAUUCACAUUUUUGUUGCUUUCCUUCUUGUUUCCACUUCUCUUGGCCCUGUCUUGUCUUUACAAUCAGUACCGGAUUCCGGUCACCGGCAACUACAGAACUGUACUUUAAACCCUUACAAAGAUAUUCAGAAGCUAAGAAGAGUCCAAGCUUAUCUCAAGAAGAUAAAUAAGCCUGCUGUUAAGACCAUUCAGAGUCCAGAUGGUGAUGUUAUAGACUGUGUUCCGUCUCAUCUUCAACCUGCUUUUGAUCAUCCUCAGCUUAAAGGGCAGAAACCAUUGAAACCGGCGGUGAGGCCAAAAGGACAUAACUUAACAGAAGCAGUCUCUGAAAGCUUCCAGCUAUGGAGAGAUACAGGUGAAUCAUGUCCUAAAGGGACAGUUCCAAUUAGAAGAACAACUGAACAAGACAUUCUUAGAGCAAGUUCUGUUAGAAGAUAUGGAAGAAUAAGAAGACAUGUACGGAGAGAUUCGACCGGUUAUGGCCAUGAGCAUGCAGUUGUCUUUGAGAAUGGUGAUCAAUAUUAUGGAGCAAGGGCAAGUUUAAGCGUAUGGGCGCCUCGUGUGACGAAUGAAUACGAGUUUAGCUUGUCACAGAUAUGGAUCAUCUCUGGUUCUUUUGGCAAUGAUUUGAACACCAUUGAAGCUGGUUGGCAGGUUAGCCCUGAACUAUAUGGAGAUAAUUACCCAAGGUUCUUCACAUACUGGACAAGUGAUGCAUACCAGACUACAGGAUGUUACAACUUGCUUUGUUCUGGUUUUGUCCAAACCAACAACAAGGUUGCCAUUGGAGCAGCAAUCUCACCAAGGUCCUCUUACAAUGGCAGACAGUUCGAUAUCGGAUUAAUGGUUUGGAAGGAUCCAAAACAUGGACAUUGGUGGUUAGAAUUCGGACCAGGAUUAUUGGUGGGAUACUGGCCUGCCUUUCUUUUUAGUCACUUGAGAAGCCAUGCCAACAUGGUACAAUUUGGAGGAGAAAUUGUGAACACUAGAUCCUCAGGAUUCCACACGUCAACACAAAUGGGCAGUGGUCAUUUUGCAGAAGAAGGCUUUAGAAAAGCAGCUUAUUUCAGGAACUUACAGACAGUUGAUUGGGACAAUAAUUUGGUCCCAUUGACAAACAUUCAUUUAAAGGCUGAUCGUGCCAAUUGUUACGACAUCAGACAAGGAAGAAACCGUGUUUGGGGAACUUACUUUUAUUAUGGAGGCCCUGGAAGGAAUGUAAGAUGUCCUUAACUAUUUCAUCUUUUAACCCUUUAAUUUUUUUUCUCUCUUUUUCUUUUACCCCAAUUUUUCUGUCCCAGGUCUUAAUAAGGUUUGGGUUAUUCUUAGAUUUUUUUUUUCUUUGCUUUUGGUCUGUCAAGUAAUGCAUAUUUUUGGUCCCCUGGAAGAUUGAUUUACCCUCCCAGCUGGGGACUAUAUAUAUAUAUGUACGUAAAUAUUUCUUUUGGCCGGGGAUACAAACUGUUAAUAACACUAGUCAUCUAUGUUUGCUUUUUUAUAUAUUAAAAAUUUUAUCAGAUA